AUGCGUGGUUUAGAAGAUAGAGAUGAUGAAUACAAGACAAUGUUAAAUGAGAAGCUUCAAGUUACAGAUGGCAGUGGUUUGAUACAGAGUGGUGUUCCUAACUUCUGUGUUGUUCUUCUAGCACUAAAUGAUCUAGGGUAUAAAGCAAGGGGAAUUCGGUUGGAUUUUGGUGAUCUUGCUUAUCUUUCAUGUGAGAAAAGAAAGUUCUUUGAAACAAUUGGAAUGGAAUUUGGAGUUCGAGGUUUGGAAAGACUGGAAUCACUGCUGAUUCAUGGCUACCAGGCGCUUCUUCCCCUUGUGUCGACUUUCUUCUGCUCUUUCUCUUCUGUUACAACGUUCUCUAGCCAACCGAGAAGUUCACUUCGCCUAAAUCGGUUCAACAGGAACACCUUAAUCGGACCUAGGGCACGUAAAUUUGAGCAGUCUCCAAUGAUGUCAGUUGAGCCCACGGUCGUCAGCGAGGCGAAAUCAGCCACAGAAGUAACCUAA